AUGGAUUUUCUGCUGGCAAAACGUAACUCCUCUCCACUGUAUCAAGUCUACAACUCCUUUCAAAGGACAACAGAGUCCAUGUCACCACCACCUAAUACUUCUUCAAAUUAUUAUGAUGACUAUUAUGAUCCUGUAAUGGCUUCCACUUGCACCAUGGAACAUAUUAAAACCUUUACAUCUACAUUUUUUCCAGUGYUGUAUAGCAUAUUGUUUGUGACAGGUCUCAUGGGAAAUGCUUUGGUUGUUUGGGUCCUAAUAGUCUGCAGGAAAAUCAAUGCCAUGACCGAUGUGUAUCUGCUGAACCUUGCCUUCUCCGACCUCCUCUUUGUCUUCUCCCUCCCCUUCCUGGCGCACUACUCCGCAGGGGGCCACUGGCCCUUUGGAAAGGCCAUGUGUAAAGUAAUCAGUUCCACCUACUUCAUUGGCUUCUACAGCAGCGCCUUCUUCAUAACCAUCAUGAGCAUCGACAGGUACUUGGCCAUCGUGCGGUCGGUGUACGCGCUGCGGGUGCGGACGGCUGCGCGCGGGGCCGUGACCAGCCUGCUCCUUUGGGCA